UUGCGUCCUACCUGACAGGUCGCUCCUACCAGGUGGCGUGGCGAGAAUCUGUCUCCUCACCACGCGCUCUCACCACUGGUGUCCCCCAGGGCUCUGUUCUAGGCCCUCUCUUAUUCUCGCUAUACACCAAGUCACUUGGCUCUGUCAUAACCUCACAUGGUCUCUCCUAUCAUUGCUAUGCAGACGACACACAAUUAAUCUUCUCCUUUCCCCCUUCUGAUGACCAGGUGGCGAAUCGCAUCUCUGCAUGUCUGGCAGACAUAUCAGUGUGGAUGACGGAUCACCACCUCAAGCUGAACCUCAGCAAGACGGAGCUCCUCUUCCUCCGGGGAAGGACUGCCCGUUCCAUGAUCUCGCCAUCACUGUUGACAACUCCAUUGUGUCCUCCUCCCAGAGCGCUAAGAACCUUGGCGUGAUCCUGGACAACACCCUGUCGUUCUCAACUAACAUCAAGGCGGUGUCCCGUUCCUGUAGGUUCAUGCUCUACAACAUCCGCAGAGUACGACCCUGCCUCACCCAGGAAGCGGCGCAGGUCCUAAUCCAGGCACUUGUCAUCUCCCGUCUGGAUUACUGCAACUCGCUGUUGGCUGGGCUCCCUGCCUGUGCCAUUAAACCCCUACAACUCAUCCAGAACGCCGCAGCCCGUCUGGUGUUCAACCUUCCCAAGUUCUCUCACGUCACCCCGCUCCUCCGCUCUCUCCACUGGCUUCCAGUUGAAGCUCGCAUCCGCUACAAGACCAUGGUGCUUGCCUACGGAGCUGUGAGGGGAACGGCACCUCAGUACCUCCAGGCUCUGAUCAGGCCCUACACCCAAACAAGGGCACUGCGUUCAUCCACCUCUGGCCUGCUCGCCUCCCUACCACUGAGGAAGUACAGUUCCCGCUCAGCCCAGUCAAAACUGUUCGCUGCUCUGGCUCCCCAAUGGUGGAACACACUCCCUCACGACGCCAGGACAGCGGAGUCAAUCACCACCUUCCGGAGACACCUGAAACCCCACCUCUUUAAGGAAUACCUAGGAUAGGAUAAAGUA